AACCCCCCCCCCCCAGCAGGAAUAUAUCCAGCACCAGAAGGCCCGAAAGUGACUUGACCCCCCCUGCAGACCAUGAUGUUUCGCGAUCAGGUGGGCGUGCUAGCCAGCUGGUUCAAGGGGUGGAACGAGUGCGAGCAGACGGUGGCUCUGCUGUCGCUGCUGAAGAGGGUGAGCCGGACCCAGGCCCGCUUCCUGCAGCUGUGCCUGGAGCACUCCCUGGCCGAGUGCACCGAGCUGCAGGUCCUGGAGGCGGAGGCCAACAGCCCAGGGGUGAUCAGCCAGUGGCAGGCUGAGUCUAAGGAGCGCGUCAUCUCUCUCGUCCUCACCCACCUCCCGCUGCUCAAACCUGGCAACGUCGAGGCCAAAGGCGAGUACAUGCGCCUGCUGCCGCGCAUCCUGGCCCACACCAUUGAGCACGGCCGCCACCUGGAGGAGUCUCGCCAGCUCCUCUCCUACGCCCUCAUCCACCCCGCCACCUCCCUGGAGGACCGCUCCGCCCUGGCGCUCUGGCUCAACCACCUGGAGGAGAGGGCCGCCGCCCGGGGAGACUCGCUCGAGAGGCCUCCUCCCUCCGGGCCGCACCACCACCACCACCACCAGUCCACGCCUCCGUCAACGCUCUCCUCAUCAGGCUCCUCCUCCUCCUCCACCAACACCUCUUCAUCGGGCAACCCCUACUCCUUGCAUCACCACCAGCGCUACGGCUCUGACGACCGCCUCAACGGGUGGCAGAGCUCCAGGGACUCGGGCCUGGGCGGAGGCUGGCAUCAGCAGCAGCACGGCUCUGAGAACGGGCACCUGCUUCUCUACCCAUCGUCCUCUGUGCCGGCAACCAUCAACGCUGUGGGAACCGGUGGAGGCGGCACCGCCGCCCUGACGAGUGGAGGCGGCGGCCAGCAGCACAGCCCCCUGAAGCGCUCCGUGUCCCUCACGCCGCCCAUGAGCGGCCCCAGCAACCAGCCUCUGGGCCACGUCUGGCUGUCCCAGGAGGACCUGCGCACCGCCAGGGGCCCGGCCCCAGACCACGCGCCCCUGUCCCCCCAGAGCAGCAUCGCCUCCUCGGGCAGCGGAGGCAGUGAGCACCUGGAGGAGGCCGGUUUGGGAGGAGGCUCGGGUCUCCAUCGCAGCUCCUUCCACGACGAUGGCAGCGGCAUGAGGGAUGUUCCUGCCUGGCUGAAGAGUCUCCGUCUCCAUAAGUAUGCCGCUCUCUUCUCCACGAUGACCUACGAUGAGAUGAUGUCGCUGACUGAAGAACAGCUAGAGGCACAGAAGGUCACCAAAGGAGCGCGGCACAAGAUUGUUAUCAGCAUUCUGAAGCUCAAGGAGAGGCAGAACCUGCUGCGCAGCUUGGAGAAGGAUGUGUUGGAGGGCAGUAAUCUGCGCGCCCCGCUGCAGGAGCUCCACCAGAUCGUCAUGACGCCCAUCAAGGCGUUCCUCGGCGGCGAGGAGGCCUCCCUGCAGCGCCGCGCCCCGCUGAGCUCCGAGGGCAAGAGCGCCGCGCCCGGAGCCCACCUGUCCGGGGGCGGCGGAGGGGAGGCGGAGGCGGGCACCAGCGUCAUCGCCGAGGGGGAUCUACCCGGCCAGUUCACCCGCGUCAUGGGCAAAGUUUGUACCCAGCUCCUGGUGUCGAGGUCAGACGAGGACAACAUCAGCUCCUACCUGCAGCUCAUCGACAAGUGCCUUAUCCACGAGUCCUUCACCGAGACGCAGAAGAAGAGGCUGUUGUCAUGGAAACAACAGGUGCAGAGGCUGUUCCGGUCCAUUCCAAGGAAAACGCUCCUCGACCUCGCAGGGUACCGAUUGCAGAGGAGCCGUUUCGGCCAGUCCAACUCUCUCCCCACCGCUGGCUGUGUCGGGGGCAGCGUGUCGGCCCGGAGGAGCCUUCGCCAGUUCCAGAUGCCCUCCAGGAGUUUACCCGGCGCCCGGCCCCUGCUGGGCAGCGGGGCCCUGCUGGGACCCACACCUCGUAGCUCCAGCAGCACCCCCACCGGCCCCAAGCAGGGGAGACAGGGUCUCUGGUUCGCCAACCCCGGGGGGAGCAACAGCAUGCCGAGCCGGACCCACAGCUCCGUGCAGAGGACCCGCUCCCUGCCGGUUCACACCACGCCACAAACCAUGGUCAUGUUCCAGCAAGCCGAUCUUCAGCUUCCGGUGACGGAGCCGGACAUCAACAAUCGCCUCGAGUCUCUGUGUCUGAGUAUGACGGAGCACGCCUUGGCAGACGGUGCCGACCGCACAUCAACCAUAUGAAGCGAGGACCUGAGCGACGGCGCCGCUUCACGAGGCUCUCUCUCGAUAAGUCAGCUGGAGGUCACCGCCCCCCCACCCACCCCCCCGCCCCCCUUCUGUCUCUCCCCGCUCAACCAAAGGAUCAGACGGGAUCCGAGAAACACGAGAGAGAGCCGACCGUCCACCAGGUCGGGAACGAACACACCUGCUCCGCCAGCAUUGAGCCGCGUGUGAAGGGAGGCGCCGGCCUGUGGAUCAGGGCCCUCUGGUAGCGCGUGGCGUCCUUCAGACCCAGAUCAGGACCUCAGACCCCAAAACAAGACGGGAGGACUGAGCUCCCAGCGAGGAUCCUCGUGGAGCUCAAAGGCCUCUUUCCAAGUAUUGGCCGGCAAAAAAACCCACAUAAAAAACCCAUGUAUUUGUAUUGUAUGUAUUUAUUGUUUACAUAAUGAUGCUACUUUCAAAAGGGUACAGAAACAUGUUGGGAGUUCAGGUAUGAAUCGUGUCAUAUUCUGUCAAGUCCACCGGCUUUACGUCCCACGAGUAGCCAUCACGCUAGUUUACAACCAACGUGCUUUUCCUUUAUUUUAGCAGCAGGAGCUGGAGGAGGAGGAGGAGGAGGAGGAGGAGGAGGUAGAGCAGACGUGAGAGGAAGAGGUUGAGAAAGACACAGGAAGUAGCAAAAGAAAGAAACGAGCUGAGUUGACGCUGGAAAGGGAAGCGGAUGUUUUAAACGGGAGACAUCAGAGGCGGGACCUUUGAUGAAGACGAGGAGGAGGAGGAGGAUGAUGUGAGUGUGGGAGGAUGUGAGUUUGGUUUCAUGCCGUUCAUCAUGUGUGAACUCUUUGAAUUCAGAGCCCGUUCUUGGCACGAUACGUUGAAAAUGUUUUGUUGUUGUUGUUUUUUACACACUUAAUGGGCGAUGCAUUGGGCUUCGUCUCCUCGGCGCUCACGACUGAACCUCUUCCUCUGAGGGCGAUUGUGAAAUGUGGGAGCCGAUGGCAGGAAAACAAAGCCAACAGCGUUUGGUUUCCACUCCGAGUUGCAACACAGUCGAUCCAUGAAGGGGAGCCCCCCCCCUCCCCCCCUCCCCCGAGGUCGGCUGGUUGGUGCUCGCCGCCCCCUGCUGGUGGACCGCGGUCACGCACCACGAGGAGCGUUCCUGAGUUUUUUUUUCUUUUUUUAUUCUGAACCUCGUGGUUAUUUUGUGUCUUAAUAUUUAUCCUCAGUUUAUUGUGUCUGGAAUACAGACUUUUUAAAAGAAAGGUUUAUACGUAAAUAAGCUGGUUAGGAAGCUCUGACCCCUGAUUUAUUAUGUAGGGGUGAUUAUUAUUAUCAUUAUUAUUAUUAUUAUUAUUAUUGUUUAGAUUAUUUCAUUAGUUUGUUGCCAUCCUAUAGUCAACUUGUGUUGUAUCCUGCACUUGAGAUGAUAAUGUGAUACACUAAAAUCCCAAAUGUGCGAGAUGAAAGUGGAGCAGGAGAACCAGGCGGCCAUGUUGGAUCCCGACGCUCCUCUGUGACCUUCAAACACGUUGCAGUUUAAAAUCUCUUCUCAAAGGACCACCGUCUGCAUGUUUGAGCCCAUUUAUCAACAUCCCAUCUAUAUUUAUGUUUGUUUUUACAACCUCUCUCUAUUACAAUGAACUCCUGCCGUGUCCGUUUGUUUGUGUAAACAUUGCACCAACAAAUUAUGUUCCAAACCAUAAUGGAAACCUACAAGUUUGAUAAAAACGUAAUAUAUAAAAUCCAUAAAACUCCAGAUCACACUUUAAAUGAAGAGCCCUCCAGUGUGUGAGCUCCUCAGGCCGCCACAGGGAGUGAGUACGGAAGCCCGGAGCGGACAAACCAAACGCUGCAGACACUUUGUGUGGAGUUGGUCCUCUCCGGUGCGGUCUGUGACGUGACCACUAGAGGUCACUACACCUGACACGGCGUCUUCCAGAGGGCCUGAAACAUGCAGAGCUGAGGGUUCCUUUUACCGAGAGAGGGAGAACCGAGGGUUCCUUUUACCGAGAGCGGGAGAACCGAACCGCCAGGGCAGGAAAGAGACCGGAUGAAUCUGUACUUAAAGUAGACGCAAUUAUUUAUUCUGUCUUUUGGUUUUGUUUUUCAUUGCAGAGGUGAUGCUUGUACUCAUUUAGGUGUAUUCUUAUUUAAAGUACCAUAUGUAUUAACAUGUUAUGGCUGGUGACCAUACGUACAUCUCAAAUAUUAACAUAGUCCUUGUUGACUUUGACAAUUCUUCUGUCAUGUUGUUGUUGUUGUUGUUGUUGUUGUAACUAUCGAGGUGAAGCAGGGAUCUGAUCUGGAGUCUGAACUUGGUGCUGUGGGCGGUCCACCACCUCGUGGCUCUGGUCCUGAGGCGUGGGCUUUAGAUGCGUUCACUGUCUCGGCCUUUCGUGGGAUUUGUCGGCCCUAGGACACACGGGGCACCACCGGCCUGCAGUCGGAGGGGUCGCGACCUCUCGCUCUCGUUCAGUAUUCACUUUGAGUCGAAGCUCCUGGUGUUUCGGGACGCCGCCUCAAACCAAACGCUUCGUUCUUCUUCUUCUGUUUCUUUGUGAAUCCCGGAGCUUCGGACGCACUCUGCAGUAUUAACGUCAGACGGCGCCGCGAUAUUCCAAAACCACGUCCCGUGUUUCAGUGGAGACGCGUUUGGUUUCUUUGUUUUAUUUUUGUACAUCCAGCAGCGUCCGUUGUGUUGCCGCCUGACUGUGCUCCUUUAUCCACUUUUAUUUUAUCAAAGAGCCCAUGUCCUGUAUUGACUGCAGGCUUACGUAUAUAUUUGACAAAAGAAUAUUGUAUGUUUAAUAAUAAAAAAAUG